UCACCGUGCUUGUUUAAGAGAAAACGAGCAUUUAUUUCGCUUUCGAGCUUAGCUUGACGGAAAUCUCUUACGUUGUGCACGUGAAUGCGCACACGCUCGUGUGCGCGCGUUAAUGACGCGAAAAUCGUGUGCAGUAGGGAUGCGAUAGCACGGAAUACUGAGGAAUCACCUUAAGCGGCCAUUCCCUUUCAGGCGGCCACCUAUCAAAAUUAAGUGGCGCCGUCUUGGUAAUGGCAGUCUCACCAAACUCAGUUCAACCUCGUGGUCAAAACGUUGACUACAGAUAAGAAAUAUUACUACCUCCCUACAUGGUAUGCCAGUCCAUCGCCUCCGGCCCCCAUUAGACGUUUCUGUAUUCUCGGCUAGUGCCGCUGCCCCGUUUGCGCACCAAGGCAACGUUGUCGUGGCGGCGAAUUGUUUCAAGAGGCAAUUUGACGUUACUGACCGAUUAUAUUAUUGAGGCACUCCAAUUUUCCUUUUCUUGUUAACAUACAAAUGCACUGGAUUUAUUCUGCAUCUAUAGGUGAUCCCGUUAUGGACCUAUCAAGUGAGUGUAAUCCCAAACAGGCUCUUUGUAAAGGCGACAUGGAAUGGCAGAGUAUAUGUCCUCACACAUGUAGCCGAUACCUUCAACCACAAGCCGGACCAGGGCAGAUAGCUCCCCCACAAAACCCUUAUCAACCUCAAGUACCAGUUCAACCCCAGCCGCAACAAGCCGGUGCAGUGGUGCUACAACCACAGCAGCUGGUUCAGCAGCAAGUCCAGGCAAAUCAACCUCAGGUGCCGCCUCAAGUAGGAACUCAGGUAGGUACGGCCGUUCAGACCUCACAGCCGCAACCGCAGGUGCGGCAGCCUGUAAUUCCAAGCCAGUCCCAGGUGAGGCCAGCAACGCAACCAGCUUCUCAAAUGACCUCAUUGACGCAACCUUUACAACCUCAGCCUCAAAUUCAACAAACAACAUCUCAGGUGAACCCAGCAAUUCAAACGCCCCAAGUUCAGCCUCAGAUUCAGCCUACAGUUCCUCAGUUAAGUGCGGUACCCCAGCCUUUACAAGGUCAGCCACAGAUUCAGCAGACAGCCCCUCAAGUGACUCCAGUAGGGCAACCCGUUCAACCUCAAAUUCAGCAAACAGCUCCUCAAGUGAGCCCAGUAAUGCAAACUAAUCAGUUACAGCCUCAGACGCAGCCUACUGUGUCUCAAGGGCAGCCUCUUUAUGUACAACAGCAGGCACAGCAACCAAAUCAGGCGCAAUAUCCUGCUGGGCAGCUGCAAGCACCCCAGACUUCCUAUCCGCCCCAAGUAAACCCAGGUGUGUACGAUACUAUUAAGGGAUGAUACUUUUUCAUGUACAGGAAGGGGAAGUAUCCGUUUGUUUUGUUUAGCGUAUCAGAGCAUUUAGAAAAAGUAAUCUUAGCUGUGUCUGUUUCAAUUUAGUUGUGGAAUUACUUUACAAGUUAUAGUCUGGGAGCAAAUGUCGUAAAAUUAAGUCCCGUGGGAAUUUCGUGCUGAAAGCAAGCCACCAGUCUAGAAGUGUUCAUUAGGGUCUAGAAAACAUGAAAAGUCUUGGUAGCAACUCUGCAACUUGCUGGGACGGGUUUUAAGGAGGGUUGAAAAUCGGACGUAUAUGAGCCAAACAAUAGACUGCAAGGCUGAUACUACGUGAAAAACGUUUCGAGACACC